AUGUCUCUAUCUUCGACGUCGACGAUCAAACAACAAAUCAGCUCCCAACUGGGUCCCAAAGCACCCGCCUACUUUGAACCCCUCGCCUCUUUCGUAAUAGGUAAAAUAUCUCGCACUGAAUUCGAAGACUCCCUCAAGGCCGUCCUCGAUGCUCCCAACCUCAUUCAACUACACAAUGCGCUUAUAAUAUCCCUCUUUGAUGCACGUAGCUUCAAGCGACCUCUAACACCUCCACCGGACCUGCCCAAACCGCCACCACGGAAGAGGAGGAGAACACUACCAGUACCAAGUAUACGCUCGGAGCGGCUCAAACGAUGGACGGUCUCUGUCGGGAAACACGAACGCGACCGGAUAGCUGGUCUCGACUCUUUGCCACCCCCAACAGGACCUCGACUCGAUACGGAUGAAGUCGCACUCGAGAGAGGCGUCGUGUUACUGCCAGAACGCGGUGAACCACCUGGAAGCAGGCUGGCAGUCCAGCUCGCAACGAUAACUCGCUCGCCCAACGUCCAGCAUAUAGCAGACCGGAUAAAUCUCAUCUGCGCACAGAACAACCUUGGCUCGCCCGUCAAGCUAAAGCAACUCAUCACCCACGCCCUCACUCUCACAGAUAAAUCUCUUGCUAUCUCGUCAAUAUCCACCGCCUCUGCUACAUCCUCUUCCAUGCUCUCGACAUCGGCGUUCGACACCCUCUUCGCUAUGGCCCCAGCCGUGCUGCCAAACGGAAGUGCCGCCGCGAUGCAUCUCGCUGUCGGCGACAGAGAAGAGGACGAGGAGGAUAUUGCAUUGUUGAAAAAGCCCGAUGUUAAGGAUCCUAGAUGGCAGCUUGUAGCGCUAUUAGGAGAGAGGAGCACAGUGAAAGAGAUGUUGAGGAAUGGAAGAUGA